UAAAGCUGGCCCCUGGCACUCCAGAGCAAGAUGUAGCUGUGCAGUCUGCUUGUCCCUUAGCUACUUCAGAGGAGCUGGCAAAGUGGCCACCAGACCUGCCCGGGAGCCAUGGCAAAGAGUGGACUUGUAAUUUAUGUCCUGGUUAUCACCUUACUCCUGGACCAGACCACCGGCCACCCGUCCAAAUUCAAAGCCAGGAAGCACAGCAAACGCCGCGUGAAAGAAAAGGAUGGAGACCUAAAGACUCAAGUUGAAAAGCUCUGGAGAGAAGUCAAUGCCCUGAAGGAAAUACAGGCUCUGCAGACAGUCUGUCUCCGGGGCACAAAAUUUCACAAGAAAUGCUACCUUGCUUCAGAAGGCUCGAAGCACUUCCACGAAGCCAAUGAAGACUGUAUUUCCAAGGGAGGGACCCUGGUAAUUCCCAGAAGCUCAGAUGAAAUCAAUGCCCUUCGAGACUAUGGUAAAAGGAGCCUGCCAGGUGUCAAUGACUUUUGGCUAGGCAUCAAUGACCUGGUCACGGAAGGCAAGUUCGUUGAUGUCAAUGGAAUUGGCAUCUCCUUCCUCAACUGGGAUCGAGCACAGCCUAAUGGUGGCAAGCGGGAAAACUGUGCCCUGUUCUCUCAGUCAGCUCAGGGCAAAUGGAGUGAUGAGGUUUGUCGGAGCAGCAAGAGGUACAUAUGUGAGUUUAUCAUCCCUUAAUAGAUCCUUCUCAAAUGCAUCUUCCAAGCAUGAUUUAUAGGCCAAAGGUUCUUAAGAAUAAGUUAAAUUGUCCAUAGGAAUAAAAGAAUUGGCCAAUUUUGCUACCAUGUUUCAUUGUGAUUUUUCACUCCAUGGGACAUGAGGGAUCAGAAAAUAAUGAUCCAGCAAUGUACAAACUGUUGAAGUGGCUUCUGCAAAAUGGGCUUCAAAUCCUUCUUUCUUUCCUAGUCCCUCUCACUUGUAUAGACGAGGUCUGUAUUA